GGCUUUGGCGUGAGGUGCUCGUCGCUUGGGGCCGCCGCUGGUCUGCCGCCGCCCCCUACUCCGCAUCUGCCGAGCCCUCCCGGGUCCGGGCGCUGGUCUAUGGGCACCACGGGGACCCAGCCAAGGUCGUCGAUUCAUAUGGCAUCACAGGUGUACAGCCGGGGCCUCAAAGGAGCCAUUGUGACCUUAUCCAGUCUGGGAUCUGUCCAGUGAAGACAGUGGCAUCCCUCCGAGUUGCAUGGCGCCAUGACACUCACGGGGGAAGGCCGUGAACACUCCUGGGGAAGUGACUUGAGAUCUAGCCAGGCUGUGUUUGGGUGCCUCCUUUGCACUCUACAACACAGCCACUGGUUCCUCUGGCGAGUUAAAAAAAAAAAAAAGAAAGAAAGAAAGAAAAAGAAAACAAGGAAGAAAUUGCUAUCAUGACACCAGAGGUCCAACUCCUGGAAUCCAGACUUGGCCCCCGUUUUCCUUCCUGUCUCGGCAGAAUGGUAUCCUUGACGACGACGCUAGGACUGUGUGCAGGGACAGCAGUGUCUGUGGUGCUAAUGGCAUUCCAUGGGGCAGGCAGGGGCCGGUCUCCCUGGUGAGAUGCAGCUGACCCACACACCUCCUGCCGGGCUGGCAGCGCAGCCCCUCCCUCAGCCACCUGUGUUCGCAGCUUCAACUCUGCAGCCCCUAGACCCUCAUCCCUGCCCCGCUCUCCUUCCUUCCCGCUUCUGUGACUUUCAGCCAGCACAGAGCGGCGAGGCUACCCAGAAGACAGAGAAGUGGGAGCGGGUUGUAGCCCCGUGCGGCACUUCUCAAACUGCUGUCUGGGGGCAGGCAGUUACUCGGUGUGCUGUGAAAACAGUGUCCCCAGCUGAGUUACCUCUGGAGGCUCUGGAUGACACAAAGUCCCCUGGGUUUUUUCCCUGGGUGCCUUCUCCCAGCCUUUGUGACGCUGGGGCACCUUCUGAGUCCUAUAAAGGGCGUUUACUGGGCAGCAUUUCUCAGACGUUUCCUACACCCCGGGAGUGCCUAAUACUGUCUCUCAGGAUGGAAAUUCCACACAGUGUAAAGGAUGCUGGCUUAGUGUUCAGCGGUCUGAGCUUCGGAGUCAACCUUUAGGGCAAUUUUUGCCACUUAAUCAGAGUUUUACCUUAGACAAGUUCCUUCCUCUGAGCUUCAGUUUCCUGUUCGUGAAUUGGGGAGAUAACACCCUCCUGAUAGGUGUUUCGAGGACUAACCAGCCUCACGUGUAUAAAAUGCUGAGCACAAUGCCCGGAGCUUAGGAAACUGUCAGCAUUAGUUUCUCUUCAUUGUUCAGCCAGAUCGCCCAGAGCAAGAUGAUCUGCCUGCCUCGACUCCCACUACAUCCAGCUGACUCACAGCUCUGUACGUCUAGCCUGGAGUGCCCUCUCCCCAUACCACACGGCUUCAAGCUCCAAAUAUAACACCUCCCUCCCCACUCCAAACCACUCUCCCUUCCUCUCUGUGUCAAUAUCCAGUUGUCCACGCCAGAAGCCCAGGAGCCAUCAGAGAUUUCCCACUCCGUGUGGAGGGAGUGACAUCAAUACCACUUCUUAUUUAAGAGAUCCCAGGUUAUCAAAUCCUCUCCAUUCCCCUGGCUCCUGUCCAGAUUGCACCUACUGCCUGGCCAACUAUCAAGUCAGAUUCUUUGCCAUUCCUUUCUUUUGCAAGAAAGGAAAGUAAAGUGUGGUAAGGAAAGUAAGUGAGUAAACUCUCACUUAUCCUUCAAACCCCAACUAAGUACCAUUUCUUCGAAAGCCCAGUGGCUAACCCUGCAUUUCCUCCCUCCGGGCGCAGUCUGGGAUUAGGACUGCAAGCCUGCCUCUGGGGUGCCUGCCUCUGGGGGUGCCUCUCGCAGUGACUGCACGUGUGAGAGUCCCCGUGCCAUCAAGCUCCCAGGCAGGAGAAUUUUUUUUUUUUAUCCUUAAGCCUCUUGGCUCAGUACCUGACACUGAGUAGGACUGUCAGUAAAAUAUUUGCUGAGUUAAAUUUACUUGAGUUUUCCAAAAAGUCGCCGUCUUUCAGUGAUUCAGUGAUUCUCUUCAGAGGGAUAGCCAACUAAUUGUUUCAGAGGCUUCCUUGGAUAUUCCUGCCACUGCUAACAGCUGCCAUCUCUUCAGCAUCUACUGUGUAUCAGACUGAAGGACCUGGAGCUAGCUGCUGUGGGCGGAUCAGACGUCCAUGUGAGGAUGCUGGCGGCCCCUAUCAAUCCAUCUGACAUAAAUAUGAUCCAAGGAAAUUAUGGCCUCCUUCCCAAGCUGCCUGCUGUUGGAGGGAAUGAAGGUGUUGGACAGGUGGUGGCAGUGGGCAGCAGUGUGACUGGGGUGAAGCCAGGAGACUGGGUGAUUCCAGCAAAUGCCGGUUUGGGAACCUGGCGGACUGAGGCUGUGUUCAGCGAGGAAGCACUGAUCGGAGUUCCAAGUGACAUCCCUCUUCAGAGCGCCGCCACCCUGAGUGUCAAUCCCUGCACAGCCUACCGGAUGUUGAUGGACUUUGAGCAGCUGCAGCCAGGAGACAGUGUCAUCCAGAAUGCGUCCAACAGUGGAGUGGGGCAAGCAGUCAUUCAGAUCGCCGCAGCCCUGGGCCUCAGGACCGUCAAUGUGGUCCGAGACAGGCCUGACAUCCAGAAGCUGACUGACAGACUGAAGAGUCUAGGGGCCGAGCAUGUUCUCACAGAAGAGGAGCUAAGGAAGCAUGAAAUGAAAAAUUUCUUUAAGGACAUGCCCCAGCCCCGACUUGCUCUCAACUGCGUUGGCGGGAAAAGCUCCACAGAGCUGCUGCGACACUUAGCGCCUGGGGGGACCAUGGUGACCUACGGGGGAAUGGCCAAGCAGCCUGUCAUAGCCUCUGUGAGCCAGCUCAUUUUUAAGGAUCUCAAACUUCGAGGCUUUUGGUUAUCCCAGUGGAAGAAGGACCACAGUCCAGCCCAGUUCAAGGAGCUGAUCCUCACACUGUGCAGUCUCAUCAGCCGAGGCCAGCUCACGGCCCCUGCCUGCUCCGAGGUCCCACUGCAGGACUACCAGCGUGCCUUGGAAGCCUCAGUGCAGCCCUUCGUGUCUUCAAAGCAGAUUCUGACCAUGUGCUAAUCGCAUAGGAGCCAGAGUGAGGUGGGAGGGAAGACGGAUCGGUAGGACUGGUUUCGGGCCCCUCGGUCAGGGCCCUCAGCUUUCCCCAGGCUGCCCUCUGACCAGGGGGGUUGUGAAGCCAGCCAGGGCCAGCCCCUGGGUAUCUAAUAAAGUCUGAACUUCCUAAGAACAGACACACAAAACCAACAGAAGUCAUCCCUGUCGAGAAGAACCCUCAGUUGUGCACCUGCCAUUCCAGCAUUAAGAAGCCCCCUUGCCCAUCCUCCAACUUGUCCUCCAGCGAUGAUUUCCUGACCACCCUGAAAGCAAAGUGAGGGUGGGGACUGGCAGGUACAAAAGCCAGUAGGAUGCAGUCUCCACCCCCAGGCUGUCCCAGAGGAAUAGAAAGGAAGGUUUGACUCAUUCUGGGUGGUGCGGGGCUCCGUGUGGGACGGGAGGAGGAUCAGCUACCUGAGAGGGUGAAUGCCAGGCUAAGGAGCCAAGGAGUCGGGGUCUCAGGUGGCUGGACCACCUUCCUGGAAUGUCUGUCCUAACUGGGGAAAUAGUUGUUACACCAGUGCUUCUCAACCUGAAGUCAUUUUACCCCCAAGGACGUUUGACAGUGUCUGGAGACGUUUUCAGUCAUAAUUGACAGGGUGCGAUCGGCAUCUAGUGGGUAGAGAUCAGUGAUGCUGCUCAGAUAGCAUCUGGUGCACAGAACAGCCUUCCUCAACAGAAUGAUCCAGCCCAAGAUGUCCAUAGUGCCACUGUUGAGAAACCCUGAAUUAAGCUAACAGUCCCACAAUCACUGCCCUGGUGAUUCAAGUGCUAAAGAAGAUGCAUGCGAAGUGCUAUGAUGGCAUAACUGAGGUCUUGUCCUAGGCCUGGAGUCAGGGGGGCUUUCCUGACAUGAAAGUGGGUUCUGAAAAUGAGUAGCUUUAUUCAGAGAAAGAGAAGAGUUUGACAUCAUGUGACUUUUUGUGUUUCCCUUAUGAUCCACUCACCCUGACGGAAAAAAACUAGAGACUCGGGAAUGUUCCCUGGUCACCGGGCCUACUUUCUCUUAGCUCAAGAGCCUCUUUCAAGGAGUAUUUGCUAGAUACCCAGUGUGUGCCUGAGGCCAGGGAUGCCUGUGAGGGGGCGGAGGCGGGGGCUGGCCCUCUGGCUGCUUAGCCUAGUGCAGGGGACCAACCUUCCCAGCAUACUAAUGAGGCCUCUGACAGAGGUGUCCAGAGGGCCCUGGAGACACGGCAACUCUGCCUGAGGGUUGAAGGAAGGCUUCGUGGAAGAAGUGUCGUCCACAGCAUAUGGUGAAGGCCAAGCAAGAAAACGUGCAUCCAGCAGAACCAGCAGCACAUGCACAAGCCUGCUUCUGCUGCCUGAGGUUGGAGAGUGUGAGGGCUGAGGUGGGAGCUGUGGGUACAGGUCAGAGCAGGAAGGUUCGAGAAUUCAGGACUUACCCUUCAGACUGGCGAGGCACAGAGGGGUUUUCAGCAGCAGGGUGAUAUGGGAAAACUGGCUCAGAAGACCAGAGGGCACCCAGGCUUAUCACAGACACGUACGUAGGCCCCUGACCUAAUGCUCUUGCCUUUGGGAGCAUCUUGUGUGUCCUCUGGAGAAAAGGACUUGGCUUCAGCCCAGAGCUGGGGAAGGUCUGCACGUGUCCUCUUGAUAAGAGUUGCUACCUUGUGCACGUAGGCUCAGGAUCAGCCCCAGCUUGCCCAAGUCCCUCCCGUCCCCUGUCUUCUGUCCUUGAAAAAAACGCCUGAGAGGGUGGAGGAGGCUGCCCAAAGGCUACAGGAAUGAAUGGUUAGAAUUAGGUUCUUCAGGAGGAGUCCACAGUGUUGGGUUAGGGGAAUGAUGAGCCUGCAGCCAUGGAGAGGGGGCAGCCCCUGGUACAGACUCAGAGGAGAUAGACACGAUGGAGGAAGGUUCCUAACACUAUGGUUAGAGACCCUGUGGAGGGCCGUGCAAAACAUCCUAAGAACAGUACCUCUAGGGGUCUGGAGGUGACAUUUGGUUGUGCUUUAUUUUCUUUAUUUUUAUUUUUUUUAAUGUUUCUUUUUGAGAGAAAGAGCACAAGCAGGGGAAGGGCAGAGAGAGAGACACACACACAGAAUCUGAAGCAGGCCCCAGGCUCUAAGCUGUCAGCACAGAGCCUGACGCGGGGCUCGAGCUCACGAACUGCAAGAUCAUGACCUGAGCCAAAGUCAGACACUUAACCGACUGAGCCACCUAGCUUCUCAGAGAAGGGAGACAUGCCUUCUAGACUAAGGGACCAGAUUAAGCAAAAUAUAUUAUGGAGGCAGGGCAUUUAUGUUAGAAUCUUGUCAUUUCCCCCCAAAUAUCCAUUCUCUUCCUAAGAACACAUGAUUUUUACAUAGACACAUGGUAGCCUGGAAUAAAUAGUUUUCCUGCCUUCCUUGCAGCAGACAAGAUCCAUCCCUUGUGAUGCAAGCAGAAGUGGUAGGUGUUGAUUUCUUAAGAACCUCUUUAACAUAUAGCCGGCAUCCAGCCUGUACCUGUUUCUUCCCCUUCCAUCUUCCUCCUGGCUGGCACACAGACCUGAUUCCUGGAAUUUGUACAGCCAUCUUUGAUCAUGUUAAGAAUGGGUCAGUGACAAGAUCCAAGAAGCCUGGGUUCCUGGCACCCAGAAGCCCCAGCUGCCCACCUCAGGAUUUGUUUUACAUGAGAAGCAAGCCUCUGUGUUAUUUAAUUUUGUAGAAUUUGGGCUGUCUCUGAAGCUAACCAUAAGUGAUACAUAUUCUGUGAUUCAAUUUAUAUUGGAAUCAAUCAAGCUGAAGCUGAAAAACUGAAUUGCGGCUGUCUGUGAUUCCCCACUAAGGAAUUUGAACUUUAGCCUGUGGGCAAUAGGGAACAAAAGAUUUCUGAGCCAGAAGAUGAGAACUGUGCUUUGGGAAAACAAUUCCUCUGGCAGCAGUUUGGGGGACAGUUGGGAGAAGGGAGGCGCUAAACGAAGAGAUAAAGUCAGAAAUUCCCAGGCUUCUGAAUUUCAGACAAGUAAAAUCCGCAGAAAUUUCAAAGGCCGGCAUGAGGAGUACCAACAUCUAGGAGGCCAGCAGAGAAAGGAGACUGUGACAAGACCGUGGCAAAAGAGGGUCUGACUUCAACUGGAUCAUCUCUUCCAUAUUCUACAAGUAUAGGAGGCUGUUUUUCAUUUUCAUGCUGUGGAGUUGGGACAGCUCUGUUGGCCCACUAAAUAAACAAAAUCCUUUCUAAAUGGCUAGGGGAGGAACCUUUGGCUCCAGGAGACUGAAAGAAGACGAACAGGCAUUACCUCCUAAACCAAAAAGCUUGGGCACACCUGACGCCCUGAGGCUUCAUGACUGUGGUGCUCCCUGCUUGUUGUCUUCUGGGAGCAUCCACCCUGCCACCACCUACAGCCACUGACAUAAUAUUGACUGCUUUGUGUCUUGGGAGAUGAGAUAGAUAAGCCUGCUUUCCUCAGGGAAAGACGUGAGGCCCAGAAGGAAAAGGUUCUUGCAUUCAUCUGAGUGUCGCAGGCACGCAUGUCCUUGCCCCUGAAAGCUCCUGGCUGCAUCUGCCAGCCUCAUGCUUCUUGGUAGGCACCAUGCCCUGGGUAAGACACUGGGCCCAUCCAGAGCAGCUGGAAAUGGUAGAGAAGAGAGACUUAGGCCUGGCACAAUAUCCGCCUGCAUUUGCAGGCAGGAAAAUCCAGGAACAUGGCAGAGGUAAGGGGAUGUUCGCACUCCCUGAAAGAAAAGAAAGCUUUCCCUGUGCCCUUAACCCUUUGCAGUGUAUAAACCCUUUCACCCACAUCUCCAUUUGAUUUUUGCAACUUCCCUCUAUCAUUGAGAUUUUAGUAUCAUAACUUUACAGAAGAGGAAGACGCCAAGCGAGGUGAAGUGAAUUGCUCGAGGUCACACAGCAGGCAGCAGAUCUGACACUAGGAGCCAGGUCCCCUGAUCCUGUCUGGUCCCUCUACCAGUCCUGAUUUUUUUGGCUCCAGUGAUCAUUAACAUGUCAAUCGGAAGAGAGUUCAAAUUUCCCUGAGUCUGUAUCUCACGGAGAGGCAGGAAAAAAGGGGAAUCAGGAGGCUGUUAAAGUAGUUCAGGUAAGAGAUCAUUCAUUUGUUCAUUUAGUAACUAUUUUGAAUGCCCAUAUGUGAAAAGCACUGUCAUGGGUGCUAGGGAUACAGUAGGAGAGAGACAAAGAACUUGGCCCUGGAUACCAGGGAGCUUACAUCCUAGUGGAGAAAGACCAUGAACAAGUGAAUAAACAAGGUAAUUGCAGAGUCUGGUAGGUGCUGUGAAAAAAUCAAAUAAAAUACAGUGGUAUCCUAGUGAUGGGAUACUUGAGAUAAGGUGGGCUGGGAAGGUCUGAGACCUGAAUAAGGUGUCAACCAUAUUGCAGGCAGAAGUAACAGCCCAGUUAAAAACCCUGAUGUGUGAACAGUAUGACAGGGCCUGAACUAGCUAGCCAGUGGGAGUUAAGUAGAUGCAUCUGGCAACAUUUAGAAGGAAGAAUCAACACGAUAGACUAGGUGUGGUGGUUGGAGGUUGAACUUUAUUUAGCACUUUGCUGGAUGGAGGGUGUCACUGCCUGAGUUAGGGAACUCUGGAGGAGGAAGAGGGUUUAGAGCCUGGCAUUUUCCCUCUGCUAGGGCUGUCUUUCCCAUCUGUAUUAACAGGCUGAUCAGACUAUAAGACCACCAAGGUUAGUACCAGUUCUUAAGAAUAUUAUGAUCCUUACACAACUAGAUUCCAAAUGGAUCAAAGAUUUCAAUAUAAGUCUUGAAAAUAGCAUAAUAAACCAUGAGAGGUUGUUUUUGUUUUUGUUUUAAACCUGAGUGAGAAAAACCACCACACAAAAUCCAGAAUCAAAGAAAAAUAAAGGAUGGAUAAAUUGCCUCCAUAAAUAUCUUCUGUUUCUGCAUAGCAGAAGACACUCUUGGGCAAAGUCAAAAGUCAAACUCGGAAAAAAUAUUUCCAAUUCAUCUAACAAAGAGCUGAUUUCCCUAAUACAUAGUGAGCUCUUAUGAAUCCAUAAAUAAAAAGGGGGAGAAAUGUAAGCAGACACAGAAAGGAAAGUCUAAGUGUCUCUUAAAGAUAUGAAAUGAGGCUCACUCCACUCAAGAUAACUGCAAAUUACACUACCCCGACAUAGUGUUUUUCAGCUAUCAGAUUGACAAAGAUCAUAAAAUUUGAUAACAUGGUGUUGAUGAUGAGAUGGAGAAACAGGUACUUAUGGAAGAGAAUUGAGCAAUAUCUAUCAAAACUACACUUGCCCACACCCUUUGACCCAACUGUCAUACUUCUAGGAAUACAUCCUACCUAUGUGUAUAUACAAAGUUACUCAUUACGGCAGGUGUAAAUAACAAAUGGUUUGAACCUAUCUCAAAAUCCUUCAUUGCUGCACCUAUUCAGUCAAUUACUGUGUAUAAUGGCAUUUUAUAAGCCAUAAAAACGGUCCCGAGGAAGCUCCUUUUGUACUGAUGGAAUGAUUUUCAAAAUAUAGUUAAGUGCAAAACUGUA